AUUCGUCCUUAUAAACCAGUACGGAGCUGUUGGCUUUCUAGAAGGCUCGCAAAUCGCGUAACUCAGAGCGUAACAUAGAGUUACUCAGAGUGUAAUAUUCUCGGAGAAAAGUUUCCGUAAGACCCAUAGAUCAUUUAGUCAUUGAGUUGUUGUUAUAGCAAUCAUGAAUGAUAAAAGUACUGGUGACACAAGUUUUCAAAAAGAUAAAUAUGCAGACAAUGAAAACGCGUUUACAGAUGUUUUACAUGAGUUGAACGCCGACGUAUUGCGAAAAAGAAUACAGGAAAUAAGAGAGGACGUUUCGGGAUACGUUAACACUCGCAUUGACGACAUGAUGUCCGAGAUUAUGCGGAAGAUACAGAUGCCUUUGGCAAAGAAUGGGGAAUUCUUGUACAUCAUGGACAAAUAUAGCGAUAAAAGGAAAUCUAACAAGAAAGAUGCGUUGCCGGAUAAGGAGUUCCUCGAAAGAAACUCUUUGUUCACUGAUCUCUUAAAAAUCCCGCAUUUUUGUGCGAUAUACAAUCUGUUCAUAAUGACCUUUGUAAUUCUGCUUGUCAACACCAUCGCAUUCGAUAUCAUGGAGACAGGAACGAUCCGCCUUGGUACCAACACGUUAUGGAUUGGUUUCGCAAAGUUUCCAACGUGCAUCUACAUUUGGUCCUUUAUGCUAGCCUCGACACUUAGUGUCUACGUGCCUUUUAUCCUUUGGGCGCAUCAACGACUCCAAUUAUUGCCAAAAUCCUCCAUCCAAAAAUUGUGGGAUUACAGCUGGCUGUCAAUGUUUAUAUUGUAUCAAAUUCUCUUUAUUAUUUUUCCUAUUAAAGCGAUGCUCGACGCAAAUCUCUCCAUUGGUUGCAAUAUGAUUGUUAUAUUUGAACAAAUACGCAUGACAAUGAAGAGUCACGCUUUUGUCAGAAGCGCAGCACCCAGAUUUUUGUCAUACAAACCUCACACUGAAACUCUGCGACCGAAUUGCCCCAAAUUCUCGCAAUAUCUGUAUUUUCUGUUCGCACCGACUCUUGUGUACCGCGACGAAUAUCCCAGGACGAAAAGAAUUAGGUGGAAGGUGGUGAUUCAAAAUUUCUUUGAAGUGGGCCUAGCAAUCUUCUAUCUCAUCUUUAUCUUGGAACGCUUUAUAUUACCGGUCUAUCACGUGUUCGGUACACAAUAUUUGGAGCAGAAGUGGUUUAUUACGAAUGCCAUCGACUCUAGUAUUCCUGGCUUUCUGUACUUUAUCACUGGACAAUACCUCCUGCUGCACGCGUGGUUGAAUGCUUGGGCGGAAAUGUUGCAAUUCGCCGACCGAUUGUUUUACAAGGAUUGGUGGAACAGCACGAAUUAUCACAAAUUCUAUCGCACGUGGAACGUGGUAGUGCACGACUGGCUGUACACGUACAUAUAUAAGGACAUGUACGAGAUCGUGGUGCCGCGCAAUCGGAUGCUGUCAGUCACUGCUGUAUUUUUCGUCUCCGCCAUUUUCCACGAGUAUAUACUCGCGUUUGGUUUCGGCUUCUUCUACCCGAUGAUGUUCAUCUUUUUCGCCGCCGUUGGUUUCCCUAUGUUCUUCAUCAAGGUCAACAGCGUUGUGAUGUGGUUCAGUUGGAGCUUCGGCAACGGCCUCUUGUUUAAUUUGUACGCGAUGGAAUUCUACGCCCGGCACAACUGCCCGCCUCAUCCCGAUUACUACCUGGACCUGUUAUUCAUAGGCCAUCCUUAUUUAAUCAUGAGUUCUGAAACCAUAGACCUUCACGAGAAGAAUAAAAAUACAGCAACCAAUGGAAAUGCAUUCACAGAUGUUUUAUAUGAGACGAUCGCUGAUGGAUUGCAAAAAAGAAUUCAGGAAAUAAGACAGGAUGUUUUGAAAUAUGUUAACCACUGCAUUAAUGAUAUGAUGUCAGAUGUUCUGCAAAAGAUAGCAGUACCUUUGGCGAAAAAUGGAGAAUUCUUGUAUAGAACGGACAGACAUCGUGACAAAAAGUGA